UGUUGGUCAUCAUGUCACGAACGGUACUUUUAAGAGAAUAAUGCCAAAGCGGCACGUAUGCGCGCACGUCCAGUCGAUAAGAGCCGCUCCUGAUGCACGGACGGUCACUGCAAAUUAUAUAAAAUUACACUUUAAAAGAGAAACAUUAAUGAAAAACAUAAAAUACGCAACAGGAAAAUGAGAAAUUUCGAAGUGGUUUCGAUAGCUUUAAUUCUAGUGACAUUUUUAAUAAAUAACUCAAAAACAGAGGAAGAUGACUACAUAACUAUUGACAAUGAAGUAAAGAGAGCAAGAAUAUUGUGGCCAUACCCAGCGCACCAUAAAGCUGGUGCAGAUAAACCUGAUGCAGACAUGAUGAAAGGAAAUCAUGAACUUGGAAAAGACGAUGACGAUAGAAACAAUAGAGACGACCAAGGUAAGAGCAGGAAGGGCCGUUUCCUGUUGUGGUCAUACCCGCAAAGUCCAAUAGUCAAUAUGAUGAUGCAAAAUGUUGCAGUCAACUAUUCACCGAAGAACCCAAACGAUCCAUUUGAUUUUCUACGUGACUCUUAUCCGUUGCCAAAAGGUUAUAGUACGCCAUUAGAUGAGUACGACUACGUGAUAGUUGGGGCAGGAUCGGCUGGUUCUGUGUUGGCUGCACGUUUAACUGAAGAUAAGCCUAAAGCAAAUGUACUGGUACUCGAGGCUGGCAAACCGGAGAUGCUCCUAUCAGAUAUACCAGCGCUAGUCCACUACUUGCAACUCACAGAUUAUGCUUGGCCUUACUAUAUGGAACACCAACCAGGAGUUUGCUUGGGCAGCGAAGAACAGCGUUGCUUCUGGCCACGAGGCAAGGCAGUAGGAGGUUCAAGUGUCACCAACUCUAUGUUCUACACAAGAGGCCGCCCUCAAGACUGGGAUAGAAUCGCUGCAGAUGGAAAUUAUGGCUGGUCACAUGAGGAAGUUCUUCAUUACUACAAAAAAUCUGAAAGAUCCCGACUGAAAAAAUACAAGGACUCAUCGUAUCGUGGCCGCGACGGUGAACUAACUGUUGAGAACGUUCCGUUUAAAACCGGUCUUAUCGAAGCUUUCCUCAAAGCUGGUCGUGACUUUGGCAAUCCAACAGUGGAUUAUAACGCACCUGCGCAAUUUGGAUUUGGCUAUAUACAAACAACUACUGACAAGGGCCACAGAUUAAGUGCUGCAAAAGCUUUUCUGCAUCCACAUAAACGAAGAAAGAAUCUUCAUGUUCUUCCUGAAGCAAGAGCUACAAAAUUAAUAAUUGAACCCCAGACCAAGAGAGCAUAUGCUGUAGAAUACAUUAAAAAUGGCAUAAAACAUACCGUACGUUGCAGAAGAGAAAUUAUUCUCUCAGCUGGUCCAAUAGCAUCACCCCAGCUACUGAUGCUCUCUGGAGUUGGACCACGUGAACAUUUGGAAACUCUCGGUAUCCCUGUUAUUGCUGACGUGAAAGUCGGAAAAACCCUGUAUGAUCACAUAGCUUUUCCCGCCGUCAUAUUCAAACUGAACUCUACAAAUGCCAGUCUUUUGGAACCCAAAGUGGCAACAUUAUCUAAUUUGAUGCAAUGGUUGCAAUUCGGUGAUGGACUUCUAACAACUCCCGGUGCCGUUGAAGGUUUAGGGUAUAUAAAAACAGCUGUUUCAGAAGAUCCUGAAUUAGUUCCUGAUAUCGAAUUGAUAAGCAUGGGAGCAUCAAUUACCUUAGACGCUGGAGGCGCCUUUAGAAAGAGCUGGAAAAUUUCUGAUAAGACAUAUUAUAAAUCUUUUGGAUCACUCAGCGGUGUAGAUACGUGGUCAGCAAUACCUAUGCUUUUAAAUCCAAGAUCCAAAGGUUAUCUCGAGUUACGGGAUACUAACCCUUUCUCACAUCCAAAGAUGUAUGGAAAUUAUUUGACCGAUCCAAAAGAUAUAGCUACGCUCAGAGAAGGUAUUAAGUAUGUUAUAAAAUUAGGUCAAUCGGAAGCGUUUAAAAGAUAUGCACCUCAAUUGCAUUUACCUGAAUAUCCCACUUGUAUAACUUACGCACCAGGCACAGACGCUUAUUGGGAUUGUGCCAUAAGAACAAUGGUGGUAUCAAUGAAACAUCAAAUUGCUACUUGCAGAAUGGGUCCUCCAAACGAUCCCUAUGCUGUCGUGGAUCCCGAGUUGCGGGUAUAUGGAAUUGAAGGAUUACGAGUAGUAGAUUCUAGUAUUAUACCUAGACCCAUUACUGCACACACCAAUACGCCAGCAAUAAUGAUAGGGGAAAAGGCUGCAGAUAUGAUAAAAAAGACUUGGUCAAAUGUUGUAUAAUAAAGUAGACUGUAAUAAUAUUUUUAGUUAAAUAAAGACUGCGUAAGAACUAUUUUAUUGAUUUUAAAAUAUUUUUAAUUUAUUUC